AACUGACUAAAUAUAACUUAUCUUUCAUCUUUGUAAUGAUCAGUCUCAAUUUGCGUAUAUAAAUAGCAUAUCUUGAUAUCAUCAGACGAAAAUGAAUCACGCAAUCAGAUCAGUUAGAGCCAAUCCACCAACUGUUCUCUCGUCUCCUCUUCCAUAUAGCGUUGGCCAAAAAGCUUCAGUCGUCAAAUUUAGGCAGGUAAUUACUCAGUCUAGGCGAUCAGAGAAUCCAUCAAGCAUGGAUACUUCUCAGAACCAGAUGAACCCCAAAGAGAAAAUGGACCCGAAUAACCCGCAAGAGAAAACAGGGGACGUGAUGUCUCAUUCAUAUGGAGAGGGAUAUGCCACGAGGUCUGAUGAAGAAGGAUUUGGUGGCAUCUAUGGAGGCAAUCAGUCCAUUCCUAAAGUCGAAAUAGAUAAGGAAAUCCAUGAAAAUCACCCAGCUUAUGACAAGACCCAAGGAAGCGAAGUGAAGGAGAAGGAGAAAGCCCGCCAUCAGACCGAUGCAUCAAGCUAGAUGGAAAAAUUCGUUAGUAUUAACGUUAAUGUAUUCAUGUUUCCUGGCUACGUUCCUCGACGGAAUGCACUUGGUUGAAUAAUGAAACAUGCUUUAUAUUUUUAUUUCAGUCGCCCGAAUUUAAAAUUAGUUGAAUUCAGUCAUUCACACAUCUGUCUGUGCUGAACUGUACCAUAAAAUCAUGAACAGUAUAUCAGACAACUUCUAGAACUUGCCAGGGUUUAGUCCUAAAAAACAUAGCAGGGCAUUGUAGCUGUAGAACAAUCUUUAGUCUCGCCUUGUGUAACGGCUAGAUCCUCAGAAGAAAGAAAUUAAUGGAUCAUGGAAGGACAUGAACACAUUCAAAAGUCAAAAGAUUUUACAAUAUUUUAUAUAUGAUUUGAAGAACAACUGGCCGUUUACAAGAUUUUAAUGCCUGUUUCUUGUAGAGUUUCGUGUCGUUGAUUACCAUGUAUAACUUCUUAUUUUGUUCACUCCAGUCUUUGAUAUACUUAUUGAAUUUGUAUGGGAA